AUGCCCGCACUGACCAACCACGCCCGCACUGACCACGCCCGCACUGACUACGCCCGCACUGACUACGCCCACACUGACCACGUCCGCACUGACCACGCCCACACUGACCACGUCCGCACUGACUACGUCCGCACUGACUACGCCCGCACUGACCAUGCCCGCACUGACCACGCCCACACUGACCACGUCCGCACUGACCACGCCCGCACUGACUACGCCCGCACUGGACCUCGAGAGUCAAGCCAGUUCCUGCAGUACGUCACGGAUAAGCUGCAGUUCUCCAAGCUGCCUGCGGAGGUGCCGGUGAUGUUCCGGGUGGUGGAGCUGCCGCAGAAUCACCACAUGUGCAAAGUCAAGUCUCUCAACAAGGGAGACGCCAAUUCUGAAGUCACCGUCUAUUAUCAGUCGGGCCCCAAGGCUUUACGGGAGCAUACUUUGAUGGAGCUGUUGGUGAUGCACAUGGAAGAGCCCUGCUUUGACUUCCUCCGCACAAAAGAAACCUUAGGGUACCACGUCUACCCCACGUGCAGGAACACCUCAGGCGUGCUCGGCUUCUCCGUCACCGUGGAGACGCAGGCCACCAAGUUCAACUCUGAGUUUGUGGAGUCCAAGAUCGAGGAGUUCCUGGCGUCUUUCGGGGAGAAGCUGGACGCGCUGACCGAGGAGGCCUUCAGCACUCAGGUGACAGCGCUGGUGAAGCUGAAGGAGUGCGAGGACACACACCUGGGGGAGGAGGUGGACCGCAACUGGGCCGAGGUCCUGACCCAGCAGUAUGUGUUUGACCGUCUGCAGAGAGAGAUCACUGCCUUGAAGCAGAUGACGAAGGCAGAGCUGGUGUCGUGGUUCCAGGAGCACCGAGGCCCGAGCAGCCGCAAGCUCAGCGUCCACGUGGUCGGCUUCGGCGCUUCAGAGCAGGACGCAGAGGGAGGAGCGGAGAGGGGCAAAGGAGACCGCGACGAGGAGGAGGACGACGAGAGCGGCUCCACGUACGGAGAGGUGUCCAGGCUCUGCUACCUGCCCCCCUCGGCCAGGACCCCCAGUGCCAACGCCAUCAUGGACAUUCACGCCUUCACCAAGGACCUGCCCCUCUUCCCCUACCACAAAAUACUGGAAUGA